AUGAUUUCCACGGAUCACCACCAUCAUCAGGAUCCUUUGGGCACAUACAACAUGAAAGCCUCCGGCGCUGCGCCGUCGUCGGCAUCAAUUCCGUUGUCGCAAUCGGCGUGGCUGGAGGUUCGUUUGUUCUACGUCCGCAUCGCGCCGUGCGUUGUUGAGAACGUCCCUGACUUUCUCACCCUUCGCCACCCUCGCCGCGAAACCGGCGCCUCCCUUGAGGUUAACGGCGUUCGCGUUCCUUCCUCUCAGACGGCGUCGCUUAAACUCCGCCGUGAUAGAGUCGACCGGCAAUCGUCGGAGGUGACUUACGUUAGCACCGAGACCGUGCGCGUCACCGGAUGCGUUGAUUUUGAGGUUUACGAUAACGACGACAUGGUCUUGUGCGGAAACCUAGACAGAAUCGAAGGUGCGUGGAAUAACGGAACCGUGAGCGAUCCAAAGACUGGAUGGGGCAUGGAUUGUUACAUGGCGAUGGGAAAUGGGCCAGGCUCUGCUCACGGCUCCGCUUCUUCUUCCUCUGCGUUUUUCCAGCCAAAGCUGGGCGUUUCCUCUCCCUCCGUGGAGGUUUACAUAGCUGGUUGCUGUGGCGGUGUUCCGGUGAUAUUGACCAAGACGAUCCAGGCGAGCCCGAGGAGGAAGGUGGCCAGGCACGUGACUCUCGACGCUAUCCCGGAAGACGAGGAAGUUGAGAAAGAGCAAGACAUUGUUACCGCUGGAGAUGGUUUGCCCCGGCAAAGGAAACUACAGAUGAUGGAGUCAGAAGUGGAUGACUACGACGAGUCUGAAAUGAAAAUGGGACAGAGAUACUACCCUGAAGAGAUGUACGUUGAUGAGGAUGGUCAACUCUCAUGGUUCAAUGCAGGUGUCAGAGUUGGAGUUGGGAUAGGCCUUGGGAUGUGUCUUGGUGUAGGCAUUGGAGUUGGAUUGCUCAUGCGUUCAUAUCAAGCAACUACUAGUAACCUUCGUAGGAGGUUUCUCUGA